GAAUUAAAACAACCACUAACGGCUGGCGCUUUGUUGGACCCCAAACGCGAAACUGAGGAGAUACUUAAUUCUAUAUUGCCCCCGCGCUGCUGGGAGGAGGAUGGGCAGUUAUGGCAACAAACGACGGGCAUUUGUCCCAUACGCCGAGAGUUGUAUACACAGUGCUUUGAUGAAAUCAUUCGUCAAGUCACCAUUAAUUGUUCAGAGCGUGGCCUGCUACUGUUACGUAUACGAGACGAAAUCGCCAUGUCUAUGGAGGCAUAUGAAACACUAUACUGCAGUUCGGUGGCAUUUGGUAUGCGUAAAGCAUUGCAGGCACACGAAGAGAAAGAAAUUCUGCGCGAUCGUGUGAAAACGUUGGAAACCGAAAAGGAAUCGCUCGAGGAGAUUAUCAACGACAUGAAGAUCAAGCAAGAGCRAGCAGAACGUCGUAAUGCAGAACUGCGCGCGUCAGAGGAGAAGAAAUAUGCGGAAGAGGUUGCAUUCCUCAAGAAGACCAACACACAAUUAAAGGCUCAACUGGAGGGCAUUACAGCGCCAAAGAAGUGA